UCGGAAGAAGGUGCCAAGUUUCACUUUUCCAUCUUUAAACUUUAAAGUGCUCAUUAAAAUUAAACUCCGAUGCUCAGUUGCUUUACGUGAUCCGCGCGUUUAUCAAGGUAUAUAAAAUAUGAGUAUGAUAAGGAGGAUUAUCAACGUGAAUGCUAAUUUGUUUAGUUUCGAAAAUGGGUAUUUUUGUAAGAACUGAGGUAAGCGCAAGUUUUAGUUUGCGUACGUUAUAAAUAGUGAUAAAAGACGAAAUCGAGCAAUUGCUGUACCUUCCUACAAAGGGGAGAUUUUUGUAAAGGUGCGCAAAAUAAUGGACAAAGAGACUUCUCGCCGUAAGGUAUGAGUGUGGGUAGAAGAGAAUUUACAGAGGACGAAUUAAAAGAAUUACGUAUAGCGUUUGACUUGUUGGAUCGAAAUCGAGAUGGCAGAGUGACACCUUCCGAACUUCAAUUUAUGCUUGGAAAAUUGGGGAUUCCAUUGAAAGACGAAAUGGUGCUACGACUGCUGAGAAGUGCCAGUCCUUCAGGUAACGAAUUAUUAAAUGAAUCGGAAUUUGUAACCUGGGUGAAAAAAAUUCAGAGCCUUCUGCCUGAAGAGGUCGAAGAUGAUACGUCGAAGGAUCUGAUAGCGGCCUUUCGCGUCUUUGACGUUGAACGACGAGGGUACGUUACAAAGAACGAACUGAGAGCAGCGAUGGAAAUGAUCGGUGAACCCGUUACGGAAACGCAGCUUAACGAUUUUAUUAGAUCGGCAACGACCGAUAAGGACGGAAGAGUGAACUAUGAAGAAUUUGCGCGUCAAUUUACGUGAAGGUUUAUGGAUUGUAGAUAUGAGCGGAAUGAGUGAAUCGGCGGUUGGUAGGUGCUAAUUUUUUAGUGUAAUGAUAAAGUAGACAAUGAAUAAAGUAUGAGGAGAA